CUUCUUCAUCCUCACCUUCGACACCGAGCCCAUCUUCAUACUCGAGCCGAAAGUCAUCCUCGCUCCUCGACGGCCUAAAUCUCUACAGAUACAAAUGUCCACAUACACGCCAUAAUUCUUCCACUGCGUUCUUGCUUCCUACGGAUUUGGAUAUUGUGAAUGAGCGUCCGCAUGGGGUUGGACAUGGACAUGGACAUGGGCAGGGGAAGGAGGGGCAGCAUCAAAACCAAAAGCAGGGUCAACGUGGGGCUGUUCAUACGCACGCGAAUGCGGAGGAGAAGGAGACAUACAGGGAUAGGGAUAGCGAGAGGGAGUGGGAGAGGGAAAAACAAAAGGAUAUGACUUCGGAGGAAGUGAGGGAGGCGCGAUAUGCGGGACUCGUUAACGCGCUUCGACUUCGAGGUCGUUCCCCUCCCUCCUCCUCCCACCCGGACGCGACCACGAACCCUCACACGAACCCGAACACGAACACGGGCCCGAAUACGAACACGAACACGGGCCCGAAUACGAACACGAACACGGUCAAAGGAACCUCAGGACGCAUCCGACUCAAGCCCAUUCUCGUUCCUCCUGCUCUUUCUGGGGGACCGUACAACGCAGACGACGGACCUUCUUUCGGACCUGAUUAUCAUCCCGAAAGCGCGGAGGGUGUGAAGGAGGAUGUGAAGGGGAUGUUGAAUGGAGGGCAGGUGGAGGUGGAGGGGAGUCUUUCGCAGAGGACGGUUUGUGUGCUGGGACUUGAGCCGGGUACGAAGGAAGAUUCUGUGAGGUCUGUGUUUCGGGCUUUUGGAAGGAUACGGGCGUUGUCGAUGCCUGCGUCUCCUUCACCUCCAUCUUCUUCAACCCCCUCUUCUUCACCCUUCACUUCCACUCCGUCGUCGUCUUCACCAUCACACCAUGCUCCGCGAGGAACGGAAGAAAAGGAAAAGUACAAGACCGCGUACGUGACAUACCACACGAGCGAUUCCGUCACCCGAGCGCUCCAGAAAUACGCGACCGAGUCUGUAUACGUGAGAGGGAAGGAGGUGCAUUUGCAUAGACAUGUGAGGGGGACGUAUUUGCCUGGAGAAAACACAGAGGGGAAUGUGUUGAGGCGGUUGAAGGAUUUGGUGGAUGCGAGGGAGGAAGAGUCACACGUCAACGAGGAGACUGAGGUGAAAGUGGAUGAAGUCGGAGUGGCGGAGGGACAGAGGGAGGGAGAGAGGGAGAGUCGAGGACGGCAAGAUCAUAUCCCGUUCCGAAUCCUUCCCUUCCCCCGAAUCGCACUCCCCAGACCUUCCUCCAUCUCUUCUCCACCAUCUUCACCAUUCGUGAACGAACCCGGCACACUCUCCCGCAUCCUCCAACGACCCUCCACACCCUCCACACCCUCCACACCCUUCUCUUCCUCCCCCCCUCCCCCUCCUCUCAUACUACCACCACGAUCCCAGCAACACACCACCUCCGCUACAGAUUUCCAGUCAAAGAUAUGGGACCUCCCACCGGUACAGGCAGAGGCCCUCGUCGCGAAUGCGGUUUCUCCGUUCAUGCGUUCGUCGGCGGAGAUGGGGCCGUCGAGGCAUUUGAAGAUUUAUGGGGCGCCGAGGAAGUGGGGAGUGGGCGAUAUGGGGGUUUGGUUAUCUGAGUUUGGGACGUUGAUGAGGAUUACGGAUGAACAAAACUCCAAACCGCUAAACCACAUCCUCGCCUCCUUCGCCACCCAAACCGACGCGUUCUCCGUCCUGCUCAAGCUUGCGGAGCUCGAAUUCAAAUGUGAAGGCGACAGGAUUUUCGUCGAAUACGCUUCGGAGCACGAAGUCGGGUACGCGUCGGAGCACGAAGCUGAAAGUCACAAUCACGGUCAAGGUCAAGGUCAGAAUCAAGGGCAAGGUCAGGGGACGGCGGCUCAUGUGAUCGGACUCGGAGGUGGGGGAAAUAUUGGCGAGUUGGAGGCGAUGUUUGGGGGGUUGAGGGGGUAUAAGGGCGUUUUGGUCGAGGACACGAUCCCGAACAAACCCUACCAGUCCGCCUUCGUCACUUUCAGAUCGCACGCGAACGCGAAGCACGCUGUCGAGGCUUUGUCAGCAUCGUUGUCGAGAGAUAGAGCUCGAGACAGGGAGAAAGGGAAUGGAUGGGAGAUCGAGGUAUGCGAGAGGCCGUCGUUUUUGAUCGAUUUGGCACUGGGGAAGUUUGAUAAGGAUGUGGGUGUGGGUGUGGGGGAUGGUGCGAGAGAGCAGGGGUCUGUGGAUGGGGAGUCGUCACGGGAAAGUGUGUCGUCGUUGGAGCGCUCGGAGGACUAUGGCAGAACAGUAGCAGAUGCGGAGGAUCGUCAUUCCCACCUCGUCGACGUCGAGCCGGCGUCGGCUUCUGCUCGAAACACCCUGCAACACAACGGCAACAGACUGACGGCUCCUAGGACAAGCACAACUAUGAACACGGACGAGACCCACUCUCCCUCCUCCUCCUCCCCCUCCCCCUCUAUCUCCUCAUCCGCAUCCUAUUCCGCUACACCACAAUUCAAACCCGUCCGAACCCUCUCAAUCCCCGAUGCAGAAGCCCAGGUCGAGAAAGCUUCGGCUCCCUAUAUUCGUCUCUCACCCAGUGCUUCGCAACAUUUGGAGGUUUCCGGUGUGUCGGAGGCGGAGAGGGAGAGUUGUGGAGGGAAGAAGUUUGGGGUUUGGGUUUCGAGGUGGGGGUGUGUGACGAGGGUUUGGGAUGAAGAAAACAACGUCCGCCUCCCAUCCAUCCGCAUAUCCUUCGCAACAAACAUGGAGGCCUUCGCCGUCCUGAUGGAGCUCUCUAGCCGCCAGUUCAUGUACGACGGCCAGAGACUUUCGGUGGAUUAUCUGUAUCUAAGUCAGAGUGAGAUGCCGGAGAAGACGGCGGUACAUGUUUCGUCGUUCAUUGGGUCGGUUUAUCAGUUGCGGAGUUCGUUUGGGAAGUUGCCGGGGUUCAAGGGCGCUUUGAUAGAGAACCCAAUCCAGGGUAAACCGCACGCGGACGCCUUCGUCACGUUCGAGACCGAAGCCGCUGCGUCGCGCACGGUUAGAAAACCUCCGACGCCUUCUUCAGAGUCCAAACGGCCGAAACUACGACUUUGCGAGAGGCCGGCGUUCUUGAUCGAUCUCGUCAUGGGCAAGUUCGACGAUCUGUCUGCACCAUCACCACCACCACCGUCACCGCCACCGACGACGACGACGACGACGACGACGAACAGUCCACUGUCGAAUCAUGACCAUCCGUUACAUGACACCACGACCUCCCUCGGGCCCUACCUAUCCCACCCUUCCGACCCACUCUCAAUCACCCCCACAUCCAUAAACCCAACCUGGCUCUCCCCCUUCCCGUCUCUCACCCCCUCCGUCCGGGACGCCCUCCUCACGAUGAAGAGAGACAAACACAACCUCUCCGGGCUCUCUCCCCCCUUAAAAACCGACUGGCAGACCUAUUUCGGGACAGAAUGUCUCAUGCGUGGGUUUUGUGGGAAACGAGCGCGCUCGUGCACGUUGUUGCUCUAUGCGUUGCCGGGCGAGGUCGAUGAGUUUGCGUUGGGGAGGUAUUUGGGACGGUGGGGGACUGUUACUGGGGUGUGGAAAUUUAGGAAUCGGGAUGGGGAUCCUGAGACGGGAGGCAGUGGGGGUAGUUUUGGGAGCGGGAGCGCGAAUGUGAUUGUGGAGUUUGCGAGCAAGGAGGACGUGAGGGCUGUUCUUGACCGAGGGAGGGAGUGCAUGAUCGGGUUUAGGAGCGGGCAUGGAAGGCCGAGUUUCUUUUGGGAUUAUGCGGAGGAUAAUGGGAUGAGGAUACGGUAUGGGUGGGGAGAGGGAGCGAGGGAGAAGGAGAGCAGGACGGGGAAUUUUAGUUGGGUUUAUGUGCAUGGGUGGGUGGGUACGGGGGAGGAGUUGGAGAGGGAGUUUGACGGGUUGGAAGGGGUUGAGAAGGUUUUGGUCGAAAGAAAGAUUCCUGGAAAGCCCUGGCGAGCGGCGUACAUCGGUUUUGUUCACCCACGUUACGCCGACGCGGCCAGGCAAGCGAAGAACGGUAAACCAUCAAGCAUACCUUUGCCCUCAACGUACAACUCCCAAACUCUUCCAUCGUCAACGCCCACCGACACCCCUGGCUCCCACUAUAUCUUCGACCUUCGACCUGACCUGGAACCUGCGUUCUUCGUCAAUCCGUUAGCAAAUGUAAUGGGUGCAGAGAAUGAGGGUACCCCCGAUGCACACGAUCUCGAACGAGCGAACCCGUUUGAGUUCGGCCGGUGGACGAGGAUCGUGGAAGAGCUGAAGAGACAUGGUCUAUCACCGCCCGAGACCCGACUGCCCCCUCUGUUGUUUUCCUACGACCGGAGUAGGCGUGGCAGUAGUGAGAGAAUAGAGGCCGAUCGAACGGCAGAAGGACUGCCCGUGAUAGAUAUAAAUGCGAAGUGGAGAAAGGGAAGGCUGGCCAAUUUCUACUCGCAGGACCCGACCUCCAUCCUCUACGACGUCAAGUUCGAUCCAGGCACGUACCUUCCCUACACCUACUACGUCGACAAACUCCUCCUCAGUCUUCCCCGCUCGCGCAUAUUUCAAUCCAUACCUCGAGAGGACCGCAGAGCUAUCUUUGAGCAUUUCUUGGACGAGAUGACGGAGGAGUUGGGCCGGAGGAAGGUGCAGCCGUUAAUCAAGAGGAGGCUGAAGAGGAUGCUUGAGGUUAGUCCGGUGUGGAUCGCGCACGUGCCGCCGGAGGAGAGGAGUACGGCGCAGAAACAUGCGUGGUGGAGGUAUUGCGAGGGUGGGGAUAGGUUGUUGUUGUUGGAGAGCGGGCCCCAUUCGGAGAGAAUUUCGGAUGAUGAGGCGAACUCGAUAGCGAAGAAGAGAGAGGGGCGUCAUGCGUAUGAGCAGAAGAGAAUUCGCGAGGGGAAAAUUUGAGCGGGAUCGAUGGUGCCGUUGGUAUCUUACGGGGCGUUGUUUUCUCGACACACACUUACAGCUCUCUUAGACUUUGUCUCGCAUUAUUGCUUUGCAUCGCUUACAUUCGUCUCUUGCUGCUGCAUCAUCUACAUCUAAUUUUGCAUAGGGUGUUGUAACUUAUUCCAU